UCUUCAAAUCCCUUUAUGACGAACUGAAGUUGAUGCCUGACAGAUUACUGAAAUGUCAAGGAGAGGAGAAGAAGAGGUUGGUGAGAACUUUUGACGAAAGACACGGAGAGGCAGUGGAAGUGCUGCAGGGGAUGGAGCAGGAGUUGAUCGGUGUUCCCUCGUCCUACCGGAACGCCAUGUCCACCAGGCUGCGUCUGUUCCGCAGAGACCUGGGGAAGCUCCAGAGAGAGGUGAAGAGCUCUGACCUGUCCUCUACCCGGCCAGCAGAGGGCGCCUACGGCAUCUACUCCUCUCAGAACGAACACAGCACCCAGCUUCAGUCUCAGAGGGCCUUGCUGAUCCAGGGACACGAGCACCUGAACAACGCCAGUCAGAGUAUAGAGAGGAGUCAGCGCAUCGCCGCAGAGACAGACCAGAUCGGCGUGGACAUCAUUGAGGAGCUGGGAGAGCAGAGAGAACAGCUGGACCGCACCAGAGACCGAGUGAGUGGGAUUGGGAAGGUCUGUAGACACAAGGCUCUGAUUGGGAAGCUCUGGAGACACAAGGCUCUGAUUGAGAAGAUGAUGAUCUGGACAGAUCCUAGAUCAGAUUGAAUGAGAUGAUCUGGACAGAUCCUAGAUCAGAAUGAAUGAGAUGAGCGGCAGUUAGCCUAGUGGUUAGAGCGUUGGUCUAGUUUGAUUUAUUUUACCUUUAUUUAACUAGGGAAGUCAGUUAAGAACAAAUGGUGGCCUAGGAACAGUGGGUUAACUGCCUGUUCAGGGGCAGGACGACAGAUUUGUACCUUGUCAGCUCGGGGAUUUGAACAUGAAAACUUUCAGUUACCAGUCCAACGCUCUAACCACUGGGAGGUUGCAAGAUUGAAUCCCCGAGCUGACAAGGUAAAAAUCUGUCAUUCUGCCCCUGAAGAAGGCAGUUAACCCACUGUUCCUAAGCCGUCAUUGAAAAUAAGAAUUUGUUCUCAACAGACUUGCCUGGUUAAAUAAAGGUAAAAUAAAAUAUGAUAUGGACAGAUCCUAGAUCAGCACUCUAAUCAGAGAGUCUUUGUGGCCUUCAUGUCAGAACUAUGGCAGCCUGGUCCCGAGUCUCUCCCAACCCUUCGAUGUUCACAGAUCUGUACAGUGUAAACAAAAUGGUGGAUCCAGACUUAUCAGAUCAUUAAAUAUAAAGGGGAGGGAGCAAUUUGAGACGUUCUUGGAAUCAUAACCGUCAGAGUUUUUUUUUUUUGAAAAGAGAAGAUGUUGAGUUCUGAUGACCUGUCGUUGUCUUUCGUUGUUGUGUUCCACCUGUUAGCUGGAAUCAUAACCGUCAAAGAGUUUAUUUUGAAAAGAGAAGAUGUUGAGUUCUGAUGACCUGUCG